GCUCCGAGCUGGGCUCCAAGCGCGGAGAGCGCUGCCGGGCACCGAGCAGAGCAUCAGGCACCGGCAGGAAGCCUCCGCGCCCGGCCCGGGGGCGAUCGGCCUGUAGCGCCCCCGGGUCUAUCCGCGGGGCGCCAUGGCCCCACCGAGGCCGGACGCACUCGCGGGGCCUCGGGCGUGUCGACUCCCGCGCAGCUGAGUAGGGAGCAGUUUGGAGAGCCGGGACCCCCUGGGGUGCAAGUGGGGGCCGGCGCCAUGGAGCCCCCGGCCGCCCCCUCGGAGAGGAGCAUGUCUCUGUCUCUGCCCGGGCCCCGAGAGGGCCAGGCUACCCUGAAGCCGCCCCCCCAGCACCUGUGGCGGCAGCCGCGGACCCCCAUCCGUAUCCAGCAGCGCGGUUACUCCGACAGCGCGGAGCGCGCGGAGCCGGAGCGGCAGCCACACCGGCCCAUAGAGCGCGCCGACGCUGUGGACACCGGCGACCGGCCCGGCUUGCGCACGUCCCGCAUGUCCUGGCCCUCGUCUUUCCACGGCACCGGCACAGGCAGCGGCAGCGCGGGUGGAGGCAGCUGCAGGCGCUUCGAGGCAGAGAAUGGGCCUACACCCUCGCCCGGCCGCAGCCCCCUGGACUCGCAGGCGAGCCCGGGCCUUGUGCUGCAUGCUGGGGCGGCCACCAGCCAGCGCCGUGAAUCUUUCCUCUACCGCUCAGACAGCGACUAUGACAUGUCACCCAAGACCAUGUCCCGGAACUCGUCAGUCACCAGCGAGGCGCACGCCGAGGACCUCAUCGUGACUCCAUUCGCACAGGUGCUGGCCAGUCUCCGGAGCGUCCGCAGCAACUUCUCACUCCUGACCAAUGUGCCCAUUCCCAGCAACAAGCGGUCUCCGCUGAGCGGCCCAGUCCCUGUCUGCAAGGCUACGCUGUCAGAGGAGACGUGUCAGCAGUUGGCCCGGGAGACAUUGGAGGAGCUGGACUGGUGUCUGGAGCAGCUAGAGACCAUGCAGACCUACCGCUCAGUCAGUGAGAUGGCAUCCCACAAGUUCAAGAGGAUGCUAAACCGUGAACUCACACACCUGUCAGAGAUGAGCAGGUCAGGAAACCAGGUCUCUGAGUACAUCUCCACCACAUUCCUGGACAAACAAAAUGAAGUGGAGAUCCCAUCACCCACGAUGAAGGAUGGAGAAGAACAGCAAGCGCCACGGCAGAGACCCUCCCAGCAGCCGCUGCCCCCUGGGCCUCAGUUCCAGCCCAUGUCGCAGAUCACAGGGGUGAAGAAGCUGAUGCAUAGCAGCAGCCUGACAGAUUCCAGCAUCCCCCGCUUUGGGGUGAAGACAAACCAAGAGGAGCUCCUCGCCCAAGAACUGGAGAACCUGAACAAGUGGGGCCUGAACAUCUUUCGAGUGUCUGAUUAUGCCGGGGGCCGUUCCCUCAGCUGCAUUAUGUACACGAUAUUCCAGGAACGGAACCUGCUGAAGAUGUUCCGCAUCCCGGUGGAAACAAUGGUGACAUAUAUGCUGACCUUGGAGGACCACUACCACCAGGAUGUGGCCUACCACAACAGCCUGCAUGCAGCUGACGUGCUGCAGUCCACCCAUGUGCUGCUGGCGACGCCUGCCCUGAACGCCGUGUUCACAGACCUGGAGAUUCUCGCGGCCCUCUUUGCGGCUGCCAUCCAUGACGUGGACCACCCUGGGGUCUCCAACCAGUUCCUCAUCAACACCAAUUCAGAACUGGCGCUCAUGUACAACGACGAGUCAGUGCUGGAGAACCAUCACCUGGCCGUGGGUUUCAAGCUGCUACAGGGGGACAACUGCGACAUCUUCCAGAACCUCAGCAAGCGCCAGCGUCAGAGCCUGCGCAAGAUGGUCAUCGACAUGGUACUGGCCACGGACAUGUCCAAGCACAUGACCCUCUUGGCCGACCUGAAGACCAUGGUGGAGACCAAGAAAGUGACCAGCUCUGGGGUCCUUCUGCUGGACAACUACUCCGACCGCAUCCAGGUCCUACGGAACAUGGUGCACUGUGCAGACCUCAGCAACCCCACCAAGCCGCUGGGGCUAUACCGCCAGUGGACGGACCGCAUCAUGGCCGAGUUCUUCCAGCAGGGCGACCGUGAGCGUGAGCGUGGCAUGGAGAUCAGCCCCAUGUGCGACAAACACACGGCCUCGGUGGAGAAGUCUCAGGUGGGUUUCAUCGACUACAUUGUGCACCCGCUGUGGGAGACAUGGGCUGACCUUGUUCACCCAGAUGCCCAGGAGAUCCUGGACACGUUGGAGGACAACCGGGACUGGUACUACAGCACCAUUCGGCAGAGCCCGUCACCACCGCCAGAGGAGGAGCCCAGGGGGCCAGGCCAUCCACCCCCACCCGAUAAGUUCCAGUUUGAGCUGACACUGGAGGAGGAUGAGGAGGAGGAGGCAUCCUCUGCCUUGGGUGCAGCUGGGGAAUGGUCUAUGGCCCAGGAUACGUCCCCAGCUGAGGAACUGUUGGAGGUCGACGGCCAGGACGCACCCACGGAGGUGGAGGUGGAGGUGGAGAAAGCGCCCUUGACACAGCAAGCAGACAGUGCGGUCUCAGGCCAGGACGAAUCCACGUCCCCAGAUGCAUUCGCACAUGCUGUAGGCUGCAGCAGCCCCUCUGCCCUUUCUCCUGAGAGCCCUUAUCUGCCUGCCUUGAGGACCCUGCCUACUCGAGAGGAGGCCCCGGGCCUCCUGGGCCUCCCCUCCAUGGCGGCCGAGGUGGGGGCCCAGAAAGAGCAACAGGCUGCCAAGAGGGCGUGCUGUGCCUGCACAGGGACAUCCAGCGAGGAGCCACCCACAGUCCCAGCUCCUGGCAGGUGGGGGUCUGCUGGAGGCCCUAUCUGAGCCACAGCCCCUACAUUCUUUUGCCCUCCCUGCCUCCCUUCAUCACCAUCACCCCCCAACUGCCUCCUCCACUGCCUCUAAGACUCUUGGGCCUCCUGAGAAAAAAGAAAACAGAAAAGUGGGUUUUUUUCUCUUUUCUUUUUUUCCCCUUUCUCCCCACCCCCACCCCCACCCACGGGGCCUCCAUUAGGAGGUGGGGCCUGGGGAACCAGGGGCUGAGGUCCUGGAAGGGGUUUUAUUUUUGGAAUUUUAAUUGUUACAUUUUUAGAAAAAGAAAAAAAAAGGAAAAAAAAAAAACACACACAGGAUGAAACACGGCAACUGUAGAUGCUCCUGUUCCUGGCUCCCCUCGUCCAUCUCCAACCUCACCCCCAAAACCCAGGUCCCAGGCUCAGUCUUCCAGCCUCUUCUGGCUCUCCGCCCGGGGCCCAAGCAGGCACAGGGUCUCCCUCCAGGCUCUCCUGAGUUUGGGAGGGUUCCUAGAACCCAGCCAGGAAUAGCCAUUCUGGGCAGAGCCUGGUGGGGGGGUCAGGGUGAGAGGCCCCAGUUCCAGCCCCUCUCAGGCUCGAUGCCCUCCCCCAUCCAGAAGUCUUCCGCCUCAUUUUGCACAAACCUGGCAAUACUGACUCGAGGAUGGGCACAGCGAUGCUGUGAAAUUUAGGAUGCUGGGAGGAGAGGGUGUUGGAGGGAUAUUCACACCACCAGCCCGGGGUCUGAGGUUUUAGGAGGGCCUGAUCCUCCCUCCACUUGCCGCCCCCUUCCUUUCCACUUUGGGUUCUGUUUGAAUUUUUUCCGUUUGGGGGGGCACGGCUCUGAGCUGCACCCCCUCCCAGCUGCUUCUCCUCUUGUUUCUGCCUUAAUGAUUCCCCGUAGGAGAGGGGCUUGCGGUGGCUCCCACCUGCACCUUGGGUGGGGCGGGGCCAGGCCCAGAGCCCCCAUCCUAGGUAGCCCCUAAGCCUCCUCCUGUCAUCCUCCCCAACCCUUUGCCCUAGGAGGAAGCAAUAAUGGUGUACACCCACAUUCCCUUUCUGGGCAUCCCUUCCUACUCUGGCACCAAAGUCAUUUAUCCUUUGUCCCCACUUAGCCAAGCUUCCUUGUCUCCCCUUAGCUAUCCCCCCUAGCAAUACGACAGACAAAUGAAAGGCCAUUUUUCUCCAAGCCAUGGGGGACUGUUUGGAAGGAAAGACUCCCUCUGUCCCCUCUCCUCUGCCCCCCAGCAGCUGGUUCUGCAGCUGGACAGGGCAGGGCCUCUCUCUCAUCGCCCCCACCCCUCCAAUUCUGAGCACAUGGUACUGUAGCCUCCCCUCCCCACAGCCUUCCAUCUGUCUGUCCAGCCCACUGGGGAGUACCACCUGCUCCCACCUCCAUGACGCUGUACAGGGUUCAUUUUUGUAGUGAAAUUAGUUUCUGUCCCAGCCAGCAACCAGAGUGGGCCUUUUUUUUUUUUUUUUUUUUUUUGGUUUUCUUUCUUUUGUACAUAUUGUAAGGUUGGUUUGUAAAUUAUUCUACAGAGGCAAAAAGGGAAAAUAAACUUGCCCUUUCCCUGCUGACCCAAUCAGGGGAAGGAGGGGUGGGGGUCUCCCAGAGGGAGUGUCCCCAUUCCCGCUGUAUUAUACAAACUGUACCAUAGACCCCGAAAGGGUGGGCUCAGUGCUGUUGUUUGAUGGGGAGUAGGUUCAUCUAGGGGGUGAGGGCUAGGCAGAGCCUGCCCUUCUCCCCACCCCAGGGCCAGGCGUGACUGGCAUCUGUUGAGAUGGACCCACACCCUCAAUCAGGGCUCCUCUCUCCAGGGGGGCACAGGACCCCCAUGAGCUGCUUGAGUGUUGUCCACUUUGACGAUACAUCAGUCAGUCUGUUGAUCGAAAAUCAAUCCUUCGAUCUUGUCUCCAAUUAAACUGAGGCUUUCACCUAC